AUGAAAGUAAACAACUCGCGUUUAGAGAAUGUGAAUACAGUUAUAAUGGCGAGCGAUAUUUCUUUAAUUGAACAUAGUAUAUCAGAUGCGGAAGAAGAGCCUUACGGAGAGGAGAAUUUAGUACAAUCUGGAAUGGAAGAAGACCAAUUUAGGAGGGAAAAAAGGGAUAGGGGGGAGAAUUUUUUCGGGGAUGAUGAUGAUAAUGAAGGAUGGAAUUUAGUCAAAAGCAAAGAGAAAAGAUUAAAACCACAACUGAAGGAGGAUAUUGAGAUGUAUUUAUCGAGCAAUGAAAAGUUGCCCAAACAAUUUGCAUUAGCUAAGAUGCUGAAGGCUUGUGGGAUAGUUGAUAUCACCAGAUUAAAAUACAUUAACCCUUUCAAGAUUCGCGUCGAAGUCUGCAGCGAGUUAAGUGCCGAUAAAAUCGAAAAAUGUCAGGAAUUCAAGGAUAAAGGUUGGAAGGUAUACAGGGCUAUGGAAAGGACUUCAUCUUAUGGCGUCAUUAAAGACGUUGACCUUGAUUUAUCUGACGAGGAAAUUUUAAGAAAUAUAAUGUGUGAUAAACCCGUAGAAAUAAUAUCUGUAUAUCGGCUUAAACGUCGAAACAGAGAGGGAGAAGGUUGGCAGCCAAGUGAAGCGGUACAAGUGUGCUUUAAAGGUUCAUUUAUUCCACAGUACAUAUACGUUCAUGGAUUAGGUAUAAAAGUUACUCCUUAUGUAUUUCCCAUAUCGCAAUGCUCGAAAUGCUGGAAAUAUGGUCACCCUACAAAGAAAUGCCCUUCCAGUAAAAUAGUCUGUCCGAAAUGCGGUGGUAGUCAUCAGAACUGUGAAACACAGAAUUUCCAAUGUGUUAACUGUGGUGGAAACCAUAUGGCCUUGCAUAAAGCUUCAUGUCCAGCCUUUUUUAAAGGAGAAGAUUUUGAGAGAAAUCAUGGUAGAAUUUAA